AUGCAUUCUCCUCCGGCGCUGAUAGAAGCGUAUGUGAAGGAGCGCGUGGAUCCUUCUCUCAAAACAGAGUAUCUUGAACUUGAUUCACAAUGCAAGUAUGCCCUCGUUGCCAGGGGGGAUGCCGACGCCUAUGUCCGCAUUUCUGAUUCUCGGGCAAAAAUUUGGGAUCAUGCUUCCGGAUCUUUACUUGUCGUAGAAGCAGGCGGAAUGGUCUCCAUGGCAUCCAAUCUUUGCAUGGAAAUCACGUUUUCCAACUGCCCAGAGAUGCCAUUUAAUGAUGGCAUUGUGGCCCACUGCAAGGGAACAUUCUCCAAAUUGAGUGUCACUCUUUAUGGUGUGUAA